GCGGAAUCGUUCGGAUCGUCCUUCCUCCGGUUGUGCGCGCGCUUUUUUCUCUCAACUAUCCUUCCAAUCUAGGUACCAACUACAUCCGGUGUCUGUGGCGAAGUUUUGUAACUGAAUCGGAAAAGCGAGUUGAAUCAUCAUUUCACUCAGCUGGGAAAGUGUAAUUUGAUUGGAUUUGUUUUGUGUUUUGGCCGUUGCAACGAAUGCCCAGCUGUUGUCUGUUCUCGUUUUUGGCGAUACCCACAUUGGCAGGUUCAGUUUUGCGCGCCUUUCGGUGAGUUUUUUUUUUCUGCUGUUAGGAUAUUUUGGGAAUGCUGCCGGUAGAGAAAUAGUCUGUAGAGGGGUUGUUGUAAUGUGUUGCGAGGUGGAGUAAUUUGGUUAUCAUUAAACGGUGAUUUGGUUUUGCGCCGAAACUGUGCCCUGGGGGAAAUGGUGCUUGAUGAGGCUGAGUGAAAUCGAGGAAUUUGCCGCUUCAUGGUGAUGGAUAUUCCCGGAAGAAUUUCAAUGAGGUGUGAAGAAUGCUUUUGAUGUCGAAGCGGAAAUAAUAGUCCCGGAUAGAGAAUUGAUAGAUCCUUGUCACUAUCGGACGGACAGCUGCUGGGAGUGGAUUUUCCCCCGGAGUUGGACACCGGACUUUUCGCAUCUAGAUCGCUCUCUCUGGCCCCGGGAACAACCGAAGCUUGAAAAGGUCGCCAUAUUCCAUAGACCUGGCCCAUCAAUCGGCUGAUGCUGCUGAAAUCCUGUAAAACGGCUUUUUUGCAUGAGAGAUGGCUCGCAGCAGGGAAAAUUUAAUCCUGACGAAUGAGUAACAAAAGCAUUUUCCAUCACCAACCAGCAGCAGCCCACACCAGGCAGAGACCAGCCAAUGAGUGACUGACGUAGGUGGGUGGGCGUUGAGGAUACUAACAGCAACAGCCCUAAAGUCAAAACCAAUCCUCCCACUUCUGGUGCUGCUGUUGCCUGACGAACUUUGCGUUUGUAGGGAAAAUUGAAUCAGAUCGGAUCCCUAGUAAGACCCACCUUCGGAUGAUGAUAGUGAGUUGCAGGAGGUAUUAAUCGUAUGGAGCUGAGCUGAGCCCAAAUCAAACCAACUGGAUUCUCGGGGAGUAAAAAAACGAAUAAAUUUUAAACAAAAGACCGUCCGCCGUGUCGGUGGAAUGGAAUCGUGCAAAACUCCCAGUGUCUCGCAUGAUACUUUCAGGAGAGCAACAAACAAAUCCGGCUGGACACCGAGUGACCUCAAAGACUUAUUCGUUUACUGAAAAGAACAAAAAAAAAAAAGAGCAACCAAAAAAAAGUGAACUCUCCAAAAGGGAUUUGGAAAAACUCAAUGGAAAAUGGUCAGUUGAAAGUAGACAAAUUUCCAACAAACACGAAACCGCAUGGUCGUCAUGGACUGAAGUGAAUACAAAAGUGUAAAAUAACUGGAAGGCGGCAAACGUUGAAAAGUGAGUUAAGCCAACGGAAGAGGCCAAAGUAAAGAAAAAAAAAAAGUUUUCGUUCGUUCAAAAGACCAACCCGACACGGGAUGCAGGAAGUGGAAUAUUUUAGCGAUAUCUUAUCCAGUGCCGGAUCCCAUCGUCCGGCCACCAGGACGGAAACCCAAAAACAGCAACCCAGAAACCAGACGGCGACAACGGUGGUGCAUCUUGCUCGGAAAUGUAGCUACGACGAUUUCGGACUGGAUUCUCAGAAGCACCACCAGGAGCAUCCGCCGUCAGCUCUAACCUCACAUAACAAAUGCGAUGAAAAUGUAAAUCAUGCCGCAGAUCCUUUCCGGCUGCUGCCCGGGGGAACGACGACGACGACGUCGACAACGUCAUCGUCUUCAUCGGCGUCGUCACCUUUUGCGUCCUCUUCGUCGUCGGCCAAUUCAUCGGAGGAGGACAAUUCGCCCACCGAGAUGAACAACUGCCUCAAGUUUGCCGAGAAGCCUACCCUGAUCAAACGCUUCGCACUAGGAUUUCUACGCGCCACCGAGGAAAAUCUACCGCUGAUGUGCGACCACCAUAAAUCAUCUCCAACUUCACCGCAGAAGAAAUUGAAUGACAUCCUGUCGGAGGACAUCUACAACCUGGAUCGGAUCGUUUCGAGCAAAUUCGGUGACUCGUGCCGGCAAUCGCUCGCCACGGGACGCCCUCUUCCGGCUGCUGCUGUUCCUUCCUUCCGGCCGGAUGUGGAGUACGAGUUCCGCCGGAAUGUGCUCAUGCGGCGGCAGAUCAACAGUGCCAAUUCGAGCCCGAAACGGUUCAUUCCGAACAUCAAACGGACGGACAGCCUGAACAGCAUCGAAGACAACGACUUGGAUAGCGCUUCGUGGUUCCAGGCAGGAUUGCCGAGAGAAAUUUCGCUGGAAGUGCUGACAGAACAGGCCCCAGGGGCUUUCCUGGUGCGAAGAAGUACCACCAAGCAUGGAUGCUUCGCACUUUCCUUGAGGGUACCACCGCCUGGGCCAAAAGUAGUGCAUUAUUUAAUCUUGAGAACCGAACGUGGUUAUAAAAUUAAGGGCUUCACCAAGGAAUUUUCCUCGCUGCGAGCCCUGAUCACGCACCAUUCGGUGAUGCCGGAAAUGCUUCCGGUUCCGCUGUCUCUUCCUAGGCCCCAGAACAUCCCCAUCAAGUGCAAGCGAGUGGACGACUACGAUAGCUUUAGCACCCUGCACGAGUUUUCCAAAUUGUUCUCCGAUCUGGACCUGUGAUAGGCCUUGAAGCGACCAUGGGAAGGAAAAUGUUGACGCACACUGUUGUUUGAUUUUUGUAAUGAUAAGAUAACUGUGGGAAACCUGUGGGGAAUAGGGACCGUUAGAAUGUGAAAAAGAAAUAAAUGUUUGAAUCGUCGAAGAAUAAUACGUCAAAAACAUAAAACAAUCAAAAUUAUAAUCUAUAAACCAAAAAAAAAACACAGUGAUUUUUUUAAAUUUUUUUAAAUUAAAUUUAAAUUUUUGUAAAAAAAAUGUCAAUCAAUGUACAAAACACUGAAUUGUUCCGUUCCUUUAGUAAUUUUUUUUUUGUAAACUAACUGAUAAAUAAAGCCAUUAGAAUGAUCCUUAUGUGCUUAAAAACCCUAAGACGUAUGUAUGAUAUUGUGAUAUGUAUAGACCAUGUAUAGACCGUACCGUAUACAACAAUCUUUGACCGCAGCUGCAUGUAAAAUUGAUUAGAAUAAAUUGGA